AUGUUUGAAGGAUUAGACCAAACUUUUCUGAAGAAUAACGAUGAAUGGGUGCAGAGUUAUAAUUCUGUUGACUGGAACGAUAUAACUACUAUCGACAAACUGGUGGUUGGUACAGAAGCAUUGGUACAGAAAUACAAUAAUCCCAAUGAACAUGUGAAGAGCAAUAUAUAUAAAGUUUUUGAUGAGUUAUUGGGAAGGUAUCCGUUAUUUUUUGGUUACUGGAAACGAUACGUUGCGGUGAAAUAUCAGCUAGAUGGAUUAGAAGGGUCUAUUUCUACUUUAAAGGCAUCUUUACAUUCGUUCCCUACGUCGAUAGAUCUUUGGAUUGAUAUGUUGAACGUUUAUCUAACACAUAAUCAGAAUGAUAGUGAACUGAUACGAAACCAGUUCAGGAAAUGCGAAUCCCUCGUGGGAUCUCAUUUCCUCUCGCACGAUAUUUGGGAUAAGCACAUUGCAUAUGAAACAAGACUACAGAACUGGGAAAACGUAUUUGAGGUGUACAAACAAGUCAUGCAGCAACCUUUGCAUCAAUAUGCAAGAUACUACACCAGCUUUAAGGAAUUCUUGGAAUAUCACCCAGAGUUUGCUAAUAGGGAAUCAAGCAUCCAUUUGGAUACCACAUUUAUUUCUAACCAGGAGAAGGUGAACAAAAUAUGGACAUAUGAAUCACAAAUAAAACAGCCAUUUUUCAAUAUCCCUGAGCUUCCCGAGAAUGAGAUUCAGAAUUGGGAUGCUUAUCUAUCUUUCUUAAUCAACAACACUGAGUUCAGUACAGAAUUAAUAAAAUCGACGUUUGAGAGAUGUUUGAUUCCAUGUUUAAGAUACGAAUAUUUCUGGGGAGCCUAUAUUGACUGGACUGAAAGGACUUUUGGUCCCGAAUGUACGUUCCCCUUGUUUGAAAGAGCACUCCGGGCUCUUCCUGCUGAUAAUAAAUCUUUCAAGCAAAAAUACAUCAAAUAUUUGGAAAGUAAUAUGGAUCCAUAUAAUAAAUUAUCUUCCAAACACUAUAUGGACGCUCUAUACACGUUCCAGCUUAAAUGGCCACAUGAUCCAAGUUCAACUAUUAAAUAUUUAAGGUUUCACAAGAGAAGAUAUUUUGCAGCAUCUUUGAAUGAUGAAGACAAAAAGAUCUUGGAACAACAGAGUAAAUAUGCUACAUUUUUGGAUAAAACUAUCAAGGCGUACCUAUCAGGGAAUGCAGAUACGGAAAAUCACGACAUUUCCCAGCAGUUGCUUGCCAUGCUAAAUGACACUACUCUUCCGAUACUGGUAGUUGAACUAAUAAAAGUGCAUUGGCUGGUAUUGAAGAACGUCAUUCAAUGCAGGAAACACUUUACAUACUUCGCCAAAUUGGAUCCGAUCAAGACUUCAGUCUUAUUUUGGUUGACUUACUACAAGUUUGAAAAGACUCAAAAAAAUAUCGCCAGAUUAACAAAGUUUGUCGAUCAAUUAGGCACUGAGAUCGUAUUACCAACAAAAGUUAUCAAUGAUAUCGUACGAGAUUUCCAAGGGUUUUAUCUAAUCAAUGCAGAUUAUUCCGAGUACGAAACCAAUUUAUCGCAAUCCCGUUUUGGGUUUGACCCAAUAGUUCACAAUAGGUUCAAAAUCAACAACCCAACAUGGAGGCCGAACGCCAAGCUAACCAAGGACUGGUAUAAAUCAGAAAAGUAUAGAUCGAACGGUCAUCCUGGAUUGUUCAUUGAUAAGCCUCAAAUUAAAAAUACUAUAAUAGAGACGCUUGCAUCGAAGCAGCUCAAUCCAGCACCUUUGCCUACUUUUAGAAAUUUAGAAAAGAUCCAUCAGAAACCUAAAUUUGAUGAUUACAUGUCUAUAGAUUAUUUAAAGUAG